CUGGAGGCAUACGACGCCUCUGCAGGCGUCCUCGUGCCAGGCUUUGGCCUUGGUCCGGCGGUGCUGCACCCCUUUGAGCAUCCGCCCCUUGAUUUCGGCAGCGAGUCUUAUCUCGACGUCGACGACGACGACCAGGUCUCCUCUCUAUCCUUCGGCUUCUCUUCCGACUUCACCACUGAUUUCAGUCUUGGCAACGACGCAGCAGCGCUCCAGCAGCCCUCCAACUCGUCUUAUCUCAAGCACUACCCUCAGCAACAACACCACCAUCACCACCAUCACAGUCAACCCUACAACACCGCCGAUAUGAAUUUGCCCAGCUCUCACAUCCCGCCCCGCCGCAGCGCGAGCAUUCACUCUCUCACCCCCUCCCGCGACCUCAUCGUCGCCGCAAAGUCCCCCGGGAAGUCGGCCGCCGCCGCCGCCGCGACAGCCACGAAAUCGAAACGAGUGAGAACGGGGUACGUGCAAGUGAAGAAGCCGCCGUUUAUGCCUCCCACGGUUGAGUGGUCGGUACAAUUCCAAGACGAAUCUAGGCAGAUCGCAUCAGAGUACGUCGGAGGACUGGGCCGAUACGCGCAUCUGGACAGACAAGCUGUCGCCGCCCCGCGCCGCGAGACGAGCCAUCUGGAGCCGACACUCCGGCACCAGGGUCACCUCCUCCCUCACGCCCGCGCCGCUCCCGGCCCGGACAUCUCGGUCUCGCCCCGGACUCACCUCCAGCACCACCCUCCGCCUCCGCCUCCGCCGUCAUACGCCUAUCCCCAACACAGCCGUCCCGAGCCCCCGAGAAUCGCAGACUACCCGCCUCGCCGCGAAAGCGAGACUGCCUACCUCACCCCGCAGAACUCGGCCCACCCUCACCCGUACGGUCACUACGAGCACUAUGCCUCCGUCCGCGAUGGCGCCAACCGCUCUCACGCCCACCGCGACAGCGACGCCUCGUCUGCCGCGUCGAUCGUACCGCAACCCACCGCGCCGCCCCCGAGCUACCGCUCCAGCGCGGCCGCCAACCCUCUGGCACCCGACGGCAUGAUGACGCCCCCACCCAGCGAGAAGGCCACCGCAGGCGAGCGCGAGUACCUCAACUCUCCCGAGGAGAUACUCUACAUGCAGGUCUUCGUGGAGGAGGUCGGCGUCUGGAUGGACUCCCUGGACAAGGAGAAGCACUUCUCCCGUCUCAUCCCCUACCACUCCCUCAAGUCCCCCAUGCUCCUCAACGCCUUCCUCGCCUGCGGCGUCAAGCACCUGACGCUCGUCAACCCGGCCUACCAGGACGACAAGGCUCUCUUCUACUACGACACCGCGACCACCCAGCUUCUCCGCAGCCUCCAGAACCCGGACCGCAACACGGGCGAGUGCGCCACGACGGCCGUCGUGCUCAACGUGUACGAAAUCAUGUCCGAGAAGCCCGCCCAGCGCAUGAACCACAUCGCCGGCGCCCGCGCCCUCAUCCGCGAGUGCAAGUGGGACGCGAGGUCCUCCGGCAUCGGCGCCGCCUGCUUCUGGCUCAACAUCGGCAUGGAGGUCCUCUCCUGCCUGGCCUUCAACUGGCAGACGUCGUGGGACCCGGACUCGUGGGGUCUCGACAUGGACUUCGCCGCCGACGGCGCCAGCGCUUCCUCUGGUGACGGAUUCGGGUCGGAGGAACUGUGGGUUCACCGGAUCCUGUACAUCGUGGCCAAGAUUGCGAACUUCCGCGCCACGAUCCCCCGUUUCCAGGAACCAAGCCCGCACGACGAGCAGAUUCGUCUGGGCAACAGGCUGGCGCAGUGGCAGGACCUGAAGAGGUUGUGCGACAAGUGGAACAACGCGUGUCCGAGGACGAUGCAUCCGUUUGGAUACCUCUACCCAUCGCAGACCAACUCCAAGUCUGCCUUCCCCAAUGUCUGGCUCAUCAAACGCGCCGCGAUCAUCGGCCGCCUCUUCUACCACACGGCCCAGUGCCUCCUCGCCCAGACGAACCCGAUGGAACCAGGCAAGGCGUCCGAGGAGAUGCGCGCCCUGCAGCUCCAUCACGCCCACCAGGUCUGCGGCAUCGUCGCGCACACAAAGGACCGCGGCGUCGCCUCCGUCGCCAUCCGCUCCCUCGCCAUCGCCUCUGCCGUCCUCACCGACCCCCGCGAGCAGGAGGAGGUCCUCGACAUCCUCGACAAGAUCCACGCUGAGUCCGGCUGGCGCCUCGGCAAGAUCCACUCCGAGCUCAAGAAGACCUGGGGCUGGCCCAACGCGUCUGCCAGUCCCGCCGUCGACCCCAGAGGAGCGCCCGGAGGAGGCUCAAAGUUCUUCGCGACGACGGGGCCCCCCGGGAACCCGCCCGCGAUGGCGACAGCGGCGGCGAGCUCGCAGCCCGCGGGCACGAGCAGCUCGUCGUCGGCGCCAAUGAAAGCUCUCGUCAACCCCUUGAGCUUCGCCGACUUCUCCCUCCCGAACCACCCCUAUCAGAACUGGUACGAGCCGCCGAACCGGUCCAACUCAUAUAACUCCCAGACCUUCCUAUGA